GGAGUCUCCAUCUUCGUUCAAGUUCAUUUCUUACUUCAGCUCGUUAUCUUUUGGCUGUUAGGACACAUUAUCUUUCUUCGUUGUAUAGAACUUAACCCCAAAUUUGGCGUCGCUCCUUCAACUUUAUCAAGAACCUAAUGCAUGUCUCUAUCUUGGUUGAAACGCAAAGCUCGGCUGGGAUCCCUCUUAAGCAGCUCUGGAGAUGAAGACGAAGAAGGGCUCGCGUUGGACAGAAUUCUACAUGGACAAAGUGUUAUUGGAAAGACAUGUAUGAUACUUUUAGCACCUUCUUCCCCUUCGAUCAUGUUGAUCCGCUUGGUGUCUAGCUAAGACUACUGAGAUUGAAUCUCUGCGUUUCACGAACAAGG